UGGCCAGCAGCCCGAGUGAGUAGGAGCCAUGUGACUGUCGUGAGCUGGAGUGUGCAGUUGCCUCCUGCUUCAGAGCUACCUGAUCCGAAUACUAAGCUGAGCGAGUGCCGGGCUGAGUGUAAGACACUGAAGACACCGCAGAGCAAGGUGCUUUUACCAGAGGUGUUACAGAACAUGGACAUUAAAGACCAGGGAGCCCAAAUGGAGCCACUGCUGCCUACGAGAAAUGAUGAAGAAGCAGUUGUGGAUAGAGGUGGAACACGUUCUAUUCUCAAAACACAUUUUGAGAAAGAAGAUUUAGAAGGUCAUCGAACAUUAUUUAUUGGAGUUCAUGUGCCCCUGGGUGGAAGAAAAAGUCACCGUCGUCACAGGCAUCGUGGUCAUAAGCACAGGAAGAGGGACAGAGAGAGAGAUUCGGGACUAGAGGACGGUCGAGAGUCACCUUCUUUCGAUACCCCGUCACAACGGGUGCAGUUUAUUCUUGGAACUGAGGACGAUGACGAGGAGCACAUUCCCCAUGACCUUUUCACAGAACUGGAUGAGAUUUGCUGGCGUGAAGGGGAAGAUGCCGAAUGGAGAGAGACAGCCAGGUGGUUAAAGUUUGAAGAAGAUGUGGAGGAUGGAGGAGAGCGGUGGAGCAAGCCCUAUGUGGCCACACUUUCCUUGCACAGCUUGUUUGAGCUGAGAAGCUGUGUUCUGAAUGGAACUGUGCUACUGGACAUGCAUGCCAAUACUUUAGAAGAAAUUGCAGAUAUGGUUCUUGACCAACAGAUCAGCUCAGGUCAACUGAAUGAAGAUGUACGCCACAGAGUCCAUGAAGCCCUGAUGAAACAGCAUCAUCACCAGAACCAGAAAAAACUCACCAACAGGAUUCCUAUUGUUCGAUCUUUUGCUGACAUUGGCAAGAAACAAUCAGAACCAAACUCUAUGGAUAAAAAUGCAGGUCAGGUUGUUUCUCCUCAGUCUGCUCCAGCCUGUGCCGAGAAUAAAAAUGACGUGAGCAGGGAAAACAGCACUGUUGACUUCAGCAAGGGACUGGGAGGCCAGCAAAAGGGGCAUACUAGUCCAUGUGGGAUGAAACAAAGGCAUGAAAAAGGACCUCCACACCAGCAAGAGAGAGAGGUUGAUCUGCAUUUUAUGAAGAAGAUUCCUCCGGGUGCUGAGGCUUCAAACAUCUUGGUGGGAGAGCUGGAGUUCCUGGACAGAACUGUCGUCGCCUUCGUCAGGUUGUCUCCAGCUGUCCUACUCCAAGGCCUGGCUGAAGUUCCAAUCCCAAGCAGAUUUCUGUUCAUUCUUCUGGGACCCCUUGGAAAGGGUCAACAAUAUCAUGAGAUCGGCAGAUCAAUUGCAACCUUAAUGACAGAUGAGGUGUUUCAUGAUGUUGCUUACAAAGCUAAAGACCGCAAUGACUUGGUGUCAGGUAUCGAUGAGUUUCUAGACCAAGUCACAGUUCUCCCUCCUGGAGAAUGGGAUCCAAGUAUCCGGAUAGAACCUCCCAAAAAUGUUCCUUCCCAGGAGAAGAGGAAGAUUCCUGCUGUGCCGAAUGGAACAGCAGCUCAUGGAGAAGCUGAGCCCCAUGGAGGACAUAGUGGACCUGAGCUCCAGCGAACUGGAAGGAUUUUUGGGGGACUUAUAUUAGAUAUCAAAAGAAAAGCUCCAUUCUUCUGGAGUGACUUCAGAGACGCUUUCAGCCUGCAGUGUUUAGCAUCUUUCCUGUUUCUCUACUGUGCGUGCAUGUCUCCAGUCAUCACGUUUGGAGGACUGUUGGGAGAAGCAACUGAAGGUCGUAUAAGUGCAAUCGAAUCACUGUUUGGAGCAUCUAUGACCGGGAUAGCCUAUUCUCUUUUUGGUGGACAGCCCCUUACCAUAUUAGGCAGUACAGGACCUGUUUUGGUGUUUGAAAAGAUUUUGUUUAAAUUUUGCAAAGAAUACGGGCUAUCAUACUUGUCUUUACGAGCCAGCAUUGGGCUUUGGACUGCAACCCUGUGUAUCAUCCUGGUGGCCACUGAUGCGAGUUCCCUUGUCUGCUAUAUUACUCGGUUUACUGAAGAAGCUUUUGCUUCUCUUAUUUGCAUCAUCUUUAUCUAUGAAGCCCUGGAAAAGUUGUUUGAACUUAGUGAAGCCUAUCCAAUCAAUAUGCACAACGAUUUGGAACUGCUGACUCAGUACUCAUGUAACUGUAUGGAGCCACAUAGUCCCAGCAACGCUACACUGAAGGAAUGGAGGGAUUCCAAUAUUUCUGCCUCUGACAUAAUUUGGGGGAACCUCAGCGUGUCCGAGUGCCGAUCACUGCACGGGGAGUAUGUUGGGCGAGCCUGUGGCCAUGGCCACCCCUAUGUGCCAGAUGUUCUCUUUUGGUCGGUGAUCCUCUUCUUCUCCACAGUUACCAUGUCAGCCACCCUGAAGCAGUUCAAGACAAGCCGGUAUUUCCCAACCAAGGUUCGAUCCAUAGUGAGUGAUUUUGCAGUUUUUCUUACAAUUCUGUGUAUGGUUUUAAUUGACUAUGCCAUUGGGAUUCCAUCGCCAAAACUAAAAGUACCAAGUGUUUUCAAGCCUACAAGAGACGACCGUGGAUGGUUUGUUACCCCGUUAGGUCCAAACCCAUGGUGGACAAUUAUAGCUGCCAUUAUCCCAGCUUUGCUUUGUACAAUUCUGAUUUUCAUGGACCAACAGAUUACAGCUGUCAUCAUCAACAGAAAAGAACACAAGCUGAAGAAAGGUUGUGGCUAUCACCUGGAUCUGUUAAUGGUGGCUGUCAUGCUGGGUGUGUGCUCCAUUAUGGGCCUGCCAUGGUUCGUGGCUGCCACAGUCCUCUCCAUCACACAUGUCAACAGCCUGAAGCUGGAAUCAGAAUGCUCUGCUCCAGGAGAACAACCCAAAUUUCUCGGCAUCAGAGAACAGAGGGUGACUGGGCUCAUGAUUUUUAUUCUUAUGGGUUCAUCCGUUUUUAUGACCAGUAUUCUGAAGUUUAUCCCCAUGCCAGUGUUAUAUGGAGUGUUUCUCUAUAUGGGUGCUUCAUCUCUAAAGGGAAUUCAGUUAUUUGACAGAAUAAAGCUCUUCUGGAUGCCAGCCAAACAUCAACCAGAUUUUAUAUAUCUAAGGCAUGUACCACUUCGGAAAGUCCAUCUCUUCACAAUUAUUCAGAUGAGCUGUCUUGGUCUUCUGUGGAUAAUCAAAGUCUCAAGAGCUGCUAUUGUCUUUCCUAUGAUGGUGUUAGCCCUGGUAUUUGUGAGGAAGUUGAUGGACUUCUUGUUUACCAAACGGGAACUCAGCUGGCUUGAUGAUUUAAUGCCCGAGAGUAAGAAAAAGAAACUUGAAGAUGCUGAAAAAGAAGAAGAACAAAGUAUGCUAGCCAUGGAAGACGAGGGCACAGUACAACUCCCACUGGAGGGACACUACAGAGAUGACCCGUCCGUGAUCAAUAUCUCUGAUGAAAUGUCAAAGACUGCCAUGUGGGGAAACCUUCUGGUUACCGCCGACAACUCAAAAGACAAGGAGUCACGCUUUCCUUCCAAAAGCUCCCCUUCCUAAUCACUCUAGAAGCUGAUUCCCCAAAGCACUGAAAGCCGAAAAGAGAAGAAAGCUGACUCAGGGAAAGGUGUUGACAGGGAGACUUGUCUAUGACUUGAUCUUCAAUUUAUUUUUUACAUAUAUAUAUAUAUAUAUAUAUAUAUGAGAAGAGUGUCACAAUUAUUAAUAAAACUGCUUUGAUCAUGUAUUGUAAAUCCUGUCUCCUAUCCCAAACCCACCUCCACACUGUAAGUAGUGCAACGCUUCCUCCAUUUCCGUGUUUAACCUCCUCUGAGCAGUGUGACCCCCAUCGUGAGCAGAUACAGUAGCUAAUGCAAGAGUCCCCCAAGUCAUUACUGUGAGACAUCCGCCAACACAGCGUUCUCAGUGUCAGCGUCAUGAGAGCAAAGUGUUCUUUAAACAAAAAGGGUAUUUACCUAGUUCGUAUUUUCCUACCGGAAGAUACCUGAUAAUUUUAUUCAGAGGACUUUUGGAAAGGUAGUCUUACUUUUAACUUUUUUAUGCCUUAGCGUUAGUGAUUUGUUCUGAAAGGCCCCAAUCAAAAGGUUACUUUGAAAACAUUUGUAACACUUGUUAUUUAUGUAUUUCCUGACUUCAUAGGAUGCAUUUAAUACUUAAUAGCUAACUGAUACUUCAAGUUAUUUGAGAAAGAAACCUGUUUAUACCUUCUUAGAAGUCAUACUGCAGGAGAGUCCUGUAGUGUUUGCUUAGAAUUGUGUUUUACCCACGUGGUCAAGUGUACUAGGCGUCCAUGAAAUGCUUAGAGAGCUGAAGAGUUUUGUGAGAUUUUUUUCUUUUUAAGUCUUUACCAGAAAAGUGUUACUGAAUUUCUCUCCCAUUGACAAUAGUUGCUUCCCAAAUACACCUAUGACAUAGAUACUUAUGGAAUGCUACACAGUGAAUCAUUGCAUAGGAAAUACAUCCCUAUACAGCUGUUCUGCUGUUAACGGGUCAUGUUCUGCUUAGGAUUGUUCCCUGUCACGUUGUCAUGUUAGACCAACAGGUAUCCAGCUGUAACUAGUUUUGCAAGUUCUUUUCCACAUUUUAAUUAAAUGCAUGUUGUGGGGAAACAAUCUUUGAACUAAAAUUCAGAUUCUGUUAGAGAAGGUGAUGUAAAUAUUUCAGUCCAUAUGAAGCAAUCCAACUUUAUUAAGCUUAUUGAAAUAGGAAGGAAGUUAUGGAUUUUUGAAUAUGACUAAAUAUAAGAUUCAUUUAAUUUUAGAUAAAUGUGAGUUGCUAAAAAUGAAAUCUCAGAGGAUUCUUAGUUCCUAAGGACUAUCAAUAAUUCACAACCUUAUAAUCUUUCAAUGUCCAAAUUUAGAAAAACUCAGAGGCCUGUGGCUUUUGUAAACUUUAUGCACUCCAUGGAAGUGCACAUAAUUGGGCAAACUCCUCUAUUAGGAAGCUCAUGAAGGUGAAAAAAAAAAACAGGCC